AUGCCUCGUGUCCGCCUCCGCCACAUCCACCUGGCCGCAUCACCCUCACAGGGCAUCUUCCCGAGCUACCAGACGGCAGCGGCGCUGCAGGAGCUGCUGCGACGGCGCCAGCUGGACUUCCAGGAUGCCGGGUCCCCGUCGCCGGCCAGCAGGGGCAUUCAGGGCCUGAGUGCGCCGCAGCCAACUCUCGUCUCCUUCACCCCGCAGCCCACAUACACGCUCGGCCGGCGCCAAGCCCAGGCACACCCCGCCUCCCUCUCACCAGCAGACAUCUCCCGCCUCAAGGCCCCGCUCCACCUCCGCGCCGGCCCCGCCCCCGGCAGCGAGCACGUCUUCCGCCCCUCGGUGCUGACCUCGCCGCGCGGCGGUCUGGCCACCUACCACGGGCCGGGCCAGGUGGUGCUGUGGCCCGUCAUGGUCAUCAACUCAUCCACCCGCGCCCUCGGCCACAACCACUUCACCGUGCGCUGCUACUCCCGCCUGCUGGAGCGCACCACCAUCUCGCUCCUGCGCCGGCUCUUCGCCCUGCCCGCCUUCACCACCGACGACCCGGGCGUCUGGGUGCGCACGCCGUCGCCACGUGGUGGUGACGGCGAGGUGCGCAAGAUCUCCGCCCUGGGCAUCCACCUGCGCCGGCACGUCAGCAGCCUCGGCACCGCCAUCAACCUGGACAUGCCCACCACGCGCGCCGCCGGCUCCGCCACCGUGCAGCAGCGCGACGGGGCAGGCCCGGACGAGACGACCAACCCUUGGGCUCGGUUCGUCGCCUGCGGGCUCGCCGGGAAGGGAGUGACAUGCGUCGAGGAGGAGCUGCUCGCCGCCGGGCGCACCGGGAUCCCGGGCGGCCUGGACUCCGAGGUGGUGGCCCGGGCGUGGGCCGAGGAGCUCGCGGAGGGGAUGGGGCUGGGGGCACAGGCGGUGGAGCUGGUGGGGAGGGACGAGACCGAGGAGCUCGUGGUGGCUUCGCGGCCGGAUGGUUACGCCGAUUCUUCUCUUCUGUAA